AUGUCGCCUAGGCAUUACUCUCAUUCAAAACAUAAGCACCCACAUUCUCAUAAAUCUUCUAAACACUCAAAGCUUGCACCUCCUAGCCCUCCUCAUAAUGAGAACAAUAACAAUGCCUCUGGCGUUUUUGAUGUACGAAAAUUUGGAGCAAUAGGUGAUGGAAAAACAGAUGAUACAGAGUCAUUUAAGAUGGCAUGGGACACUGCUUGCCAGAGUGAAUCAGCAGUUAAUAAUAUUCUUGCACCCCAAGGUUUCUCCUUCCUCAUUCGGUCCACUAUCUUCACUGGUCCUUGUCAAGGUGUCUUGGUGUUGAAGGUUGAUGGCACUCUCAUGCCACCUGAUGGACCUGAAUCUUGGCCAAAGAACAAUAGUAGACACCAAUGGUUGGUCUUUUAUAGAAUCAAUGGAAUGUCACUGGAAGGAAGUGGUUUAAUUGAUGGGAGAGGAGAAAAAUGGUGGGACCUCCCCUGUAAGCCUCAUAAGGGACCUAAUGGGACAACACUCCCUGGAACCUGUGAUAGUCCAAUUGCCAUAAGGUUUUUUAUGAGUUCCAACUUGACUGUGCAAGGACUAAGGAUAAAGAACAGUCCUCAGUUCCAUUUCAGAUUUGAUGGCUGCAAAAAUGUCCACAUAGAAUCAAUCUACAUAACAGCUCCAAAACUUAGCCCCAAUACUGAUGGAAUUCACAUAGAAAAUACUAAUAACGUGAAAAUAUACAAUUCUGUUAUUUCUAAUGGCGAUGAUUGUGUAUCCAUUGGAUCAGGCUGCAAUGAUGUCGAUAUUAAAAACAUUACAUGUGGACCUGGUCAUGGAAUUAGCAUUGGUAGUCUGGGGAAUCACGACACUCGAGCCUGUGUUUCGAAUAUUAUGGUGAGAGACUCACUUAUAAAAGUGACAGAUAAUGGGGUUAGGAUCAAGACUUGGCAAGGUGGAUCAGGGUCAGUAUCUGGAGUGACAUUCAGCAACAUUCAGAUGGUUAGUGUAAGAAAUCCCAUCAUAAUUGACCAAUUCUACUGCCUCACAAGGGAGUGCACCAACAAGACCUCUGCAGUAUCUGUAUCAAAUAUUAUUUACACAAACAUAAAGGGGACUUAUGAUAUAAGGAGCCCCCCUAUGCGUUUUGCUUGCAGUGACUCUGUCCCAUGCACCAACUUAACACUCUCAGAAAUUGAGCUUCUUCCAGCUCAAGGAGACAUAGUGCAUGACCCUUUCUGUUGGAAUGCAUAUGGAGAUUUGGAGACACUAACCAUUCCACCAGUCUCAUGCUUGCUGGAGGGCACUCCUCAAUCCGUGUUAGAUUUUGACAUAAGUCGUUGCUGA